GAGAGUUGGAGGUUCGGGGGGAGUUCUGUUGGAGUUGGAGCGGAGGAUUGCUGACGCGGAUAGACAGAGGCCCGGUGUGUGGACACCUCCAGCACGAUGCUGCUCUGGGUUUUGGCUGUCUCUCUGGUUGUCCCCCGGGCGGGAGGGUAUUUUUCGGAGGAGAACUACGCGGAGGAGUCGGAGAUGCAGCCCCCCACCCUGGUGAUCGCCAUCAUCGCACGGAACGCCGCGCACUCUCUGCCCCAUUACCUCGGAGCCCUGGAGAGGCUCAACUACCCCAAAGAGCGCAUCUCCGUGUGGGCGGCGACAGACCACAAUGUUGAUAACACCACUGCAAUCCUGAGGGAGUGGCUGACCGUCAUGCAGCAGUACUAUCAUUACGUGGAGUGGAGGCCCAUGGACAAGCCCACGUCGUACGCAGGUGAGUUGGGGCCUAAACACUGGAGUAACGGCCGCUACGAGCACAUCAUGAGGCUCAAACAGGCAGCGCUGAACUUCGCCAAGAAACGCUGGGCCGAUUACAUCCUGUUUGCAGAUACAGACAACAUCCUGACCAACCCAGACACUCUGAACCUCCUUAUGGGUGAGAAUAAGUCUGUGAUCGCCCCCAUGCUGGAUUCCCAGUCGGCCUACUCCAACUACUGGUGCGGCAUCACGCCUCAGGGUUACUAUCGUCGGACAGCCGAGUACUUCCCGACCAGGAACCGGUACCGAAAAGGCUGUUACCCUGUUCCCAUGGUCCACUCCACCAUCCUGCUGGACCUGCGCAAGGAGGGCACCAAGAGCCUGGCCUUCUACCCUCCACACACCGAUUACUCCUGGCCCUACGACGACAUCAUCGUCUUCGCCUUCUCCUGCAGAGUCUCGGAGGUGCAGAUGUACGUGUGUAAUAAAGAGCGCUACGGCUACCUGAACGUUCCUGCUAAACCGCACCAGACCAUCGAGGACGACCGCAUCAACUUCGUCCACCUGUACCUCGAGGCUCUGAUCGACGGCCCGCCCAUGUAUUUGUCCCGCUACGUGCACGUCCCUCCGAAGCAGACGGACCUAAUGGGCUUUAAUGAGGUGUACCUGAUAAACCUGCGCCGGCGGCCCAACCGCAGAGAGAGGAUGCUGUGGUCUCUGUACGAGCUGGAGAUCAACGCUAAAGUGGUGGAUGCUGUGGACGGAGCAGCUCUGAACAGCAGUGAAAUUAAGAUCCUGGGUGUGGACCUCCUGCCCGGUUAUUACGACCCUUUUUCUGGCCGCACGCUCACGAAAGGGGAGGUGGGAUGUUUCCUCAGCCACUACUACAUCUGGAAGGAGAUGGUGGACAUGCAGAUGGACAAAGCGCUGAUCUUUGAGGACGAUGUCCGGUUUCAGGGUAACUUUAAGCGGCGCCUGAUGAAGAUGAUGGAGGAGGUGGAGCAAGCCGAGCUCGACUGGGACAUCAUAUACCUGGGCAGGAAGCAGGUGAACCCCGGUGAUGAGGAGCCGGUGGAGAUGGUGAAGAACCUGGUGGUCGCCGGUUAUUCGUACUGGACGCUGUCCUACGCCAUCUCGCUGCAGGGAGCACAGAAGCUAAUCAACGCCGAGCCGAUCUCCAAAAUGCUUCCUGUGGACGAGUUCCUGCCCAUCAUGUACGACAAACAUCCCAAUGAAGACUACAAGUCUCACUUCCUGAACCGGAACCUGCAGGCGUUCUCAGCGAGCCCCCUGCUGGUGCAGCCGUGUCAUUACGCGGGCGAUGCAGAGUGGGAGAGCGACACGGAGACGUCCACGCUGUGGGACAAUGAUAACGUCCCCACAGACUGGAGAGGCUCGUACAAGACCCUGAAGGGCGGUGCUCCACCACCUGGCAUUCAGAGCGCCGCCUACAGGGACGAGCUGUGAACUGCAGCGCUGAAUGUGCGUGUGUGAGAGAGAAAAGAGAGACUCAGCAUUCCUGACCGUGUGUGUAGCGUGAGGAUGUUCCUAAGUAUGGACAGACAGGGACAGAAGACUGUAACUGUGUGUGUGUGUGUGUGUUUAAUCGGGAACACAUGGUACAGUUCGGACAGAACUCAGCACAGCUUUUUCUUUUAUUUUAAAGUCAGUCUGGGAUCCCUGACGGGUCUCAGUUUAUAUUCAUGACUUUACUGGGAGUCUACAGCCUCGUGCUGGUCUCUUUACUGGUGUAUCAUCACAUCGUCAGUCGUCUUUUUGAGUAUGAACAGGUUGUUAAGCGUACGUUAUCUAAAAUCAUCUCCACUCCACGUUUAGUUUGCUAAAAUCAGAGAAGGGUACAUGGGUGAAAUGUGCUGUAUAGGCAACUUUAUGAACAUUCAUGAGCUCAGACAUUCGGGAACAUUGAGUCUGUGUCGAAUCCAAAUCCACAGGCUGCAUUGUACAUGUGUUUUCGUGUUUUUUUUUUACCCGGGGCCGUCCUGAUCAUUUAGCAUUUUUAGGUAUUUGUAAUGUUUAUUGCAUAUUUCUUAUUAAAAAAGUCCAAAAAAUUUCUUAUAUAAACAAAAUUGUUUUAAGCAUUGUCUAAUUUACAACGACCAAACGGCAGGCAAUCUCAUGCUGAAGACAAUCAGAGACAGAAUAUCUAAGUGUGUGUGUGCAUAUAAAUCAGAGGCAAUUAUUUUCUAUUUUUCUGUAUAUUUUCCAGUGGGUUUGGUUUGUCUGAUCAUCAUCAUUAUUAUUGUGAGUUGUCUUAUUUAUUUUCUGAACUUUUUUUAAAUCAUCUCUUUCUGCUAAAAAAGUGCAGGUGAUGAAAAGGUUGUGUGUUAAGAUUUUUUUUUCUUCACAAAAAAUCACUAAAAUAAAGUGUACAAUAAAAUAACA